AAGUUGUGACAAGUUGAGACAGGCUCAGGGUACAGGUGGGACAAGAGAUGUAGAAGCACAGUUAGACUCAGAGAGAGCUGCAGGCGAGUUUGCACAUCGUUAUGCUGUUAUAUGUUUACUGCACAAUUCUACCUUAAAACGGAGCGAAGCUUCGAGAGGGGGGUUUUAAUUGAAACUCUGAUGGGUCGUUCCCCAUUUACUGCCUAUUUCAACGUUAGGGAAAGAACGUGGUUCAAACUGCCUGGAGAAUGUGGCACUACCGUUUAAAUUGGAUUUUAUUCUUGGACAUUUCCAAACUGGGUUUUUGAGACUUUUUUUCAAAUUUAAAAAAAAGGAAGCAAGAUGCGCCUCUGUUUGAAGAAGAUCUUUCUGACUAUUUUUGGGGCCACGGUUACUUUCUUGCUGGUUGCUCUUGUGGAUUACCAGAUGCGAGAGGAGAGGGGCGGGCGCAGGCUGAAGGCCAGCCGGUUCUCAGCCCCCCUGAGCGGCCGCAGCUCCGGAGACGAGCCGCUGAGUGACUUGGCAGGGGGAGCCGGAGCGAGUUAUCGGGGACAGGUCCACUCCGGGUUCGCAGCUGGACCCCGCACUGACCGCGAACACAAGACGGAACUGCGGGAUAUCUUCAUCGCCAUCAAAACCACACGCAAGUUCCACAAAACCCGGCUGGAGCUGCUGCUGAAAACUUGGAUCUCCAGAGUUUGGGAGCAGACUUAUAUCUUCACAGAUGAUGAGGAUGAGGAGCUGACAAUCAGGACAGGUCACCGAGUGAUCAAUACAAACUGCUCAUCAGCACACAGCCGCCAAGCCUUGUCCUGCAAGAUGGCCGCCGAGUACGAUGUGUUCAUCGCAUCACGUCUGAAGUGGUUUUGCCAUGUUGACGAUGAUAAUUAUGUCAAUGUUCGAGCCCUGUUGAACCUGCUGUCAAGUUUCCCUGAGGCGCAGGACGUCUAUGUUGGAAAGCCCAGUCUGGACCGACCAAUCGAAGCAUCUGAAAAGUUGCCAAACAAUAAAACAAGAUCUGUCUUCUUCUGGUUUGCCACUGGUGGAGCUGGAUUUUGUAUUAACCGGGGACUGGCAUUGAAGAUGGCACCUUGGGCAAGCAAUGGGAAUUUUAUGAACACAGCAGAGAGGAUCCGUCUCCCUGACGACUGCACCAUCGGUUACAUCGUUGAGGCCGUCCUGGGUGUCAAUCUGAUCCACAGCCCUCUCUUUCACUCCCACCUCGAGAACCUGCAGUUAGUUUCCAAAUCCCAGGUUCAAAGCCAGGUCACUUUAAGUUAUGGAACCUUUGAGAACAAGCAAAAUAUCAUUGAGUUAAGAGGAGCGUUUUCUGUUGCUGAAGACCCUUCUAGAUUCAAGUCCAUUCACUGUCUACUUUACCCAGACACGCCUUGGUGCCCUUAGAAGAACAGCCCUGACCUCUGCCAUCGUCAGGGUUAAAGGUCACUGGGACGUAGAGGUCACCACUGCCAACUCUGCACUUGUGGAAAGCACUUUGGGCCAAUUGCCUUUACAGCAAAAAUGGAGUCAACAUUUUUUUUAAAAAAAUGGAUGAAGGAAAACAAAAUAUUGAAGAGGACUGAGCUGGACAAUCAUUGGUGGAACAUUGGUGGUAAAAAUGGCCACCUUUUCAUUGUUUCACUCAAGUGGCCGUCGGCCACAAAUAAAGGAGAUGAUAUUAAGCACAAAACUUCAACUGGACCCUUGACCAGGGAAUAUUUUAAAAGAGAAAUUAUUUUUAAAGGAUAUAUUUUCUAACUUUUCUUUCCCCUUCCUUGAAAGAGAGCUCUGACUGAACACCUAUUGACUGAUGAUAAUGACCCUGUUUGGGGGCUAGGGCAUUUGGCUAAUGAAUUCUUGUACAUUCAACAAACAGAGUGUUACCAGAUUAUACAGGAAAAAAAGCUUACUCAUUCACUUUUCCUGACUGCAAGAGUGAACAAUUCUGUUCAUUUUUUUUUUAGAAAAUAAUAUUGUUAAUUUAAAGAAAAACAGAAUAAAGAGUUAUAGUUUUCAUGA